AUGCCUGCCACAGCCUCCAGCGAUGCGACACAACCGUCUGCCAACCUAGAAUCUGAAGUCCGCGACCUGGCGCUGCGAGCGACAGCGACAGCGACUUGUACUUCACCAGAGGGCCAGUGGCACGAAGUCCUCUAUCCCAAGGCUGGCAGCUUCCUCGAUCCACUCUCGCCUAUCUUCGACGGUCGUUUGUGGGUCAAGACAUUCUUCGAUCUUUACAACUCGAGCCUGCCAACACGGCCACGGAGCCUAGGUGUGGCUUUCCGCGACCUGACUGUGCUUGGCGACACAUCAGGUGCCCAGUACCAGGCCAGUGCCGGGAACGUCUUUCUGUCUGCCAUUGAGUCCGUCGCGAGAAGACUUGGUGGCGUUCAGCAAAGCAAGAAGAUCACCAUUCUGCAGGACUUUGAAGGCGUGCUUGAUGCCGGCGAGCUCCUGCUCGUUCUUGGCCCGCCAGGCUCGGGCUGUUCGACCCUGCUCAAGACAAUUGCUGGUGAGACGGCAGGAUUGAGGGUGAGCCCUGAGACAAAGUGGAAUUACCGAGGCAUCGAUGCCACCCGCAUCCAGACUCGUUUUCGAGGCGACGUCCUCUACAAUGGCGAGACGGACAUCCACCUCCCGCAUCUCACCGUCGGGGAGACACUCCGCUUUGCAGCAUCGUCACGGCCAGUGCGGAACUUGCCCGAGGGGUACUCAUCCAACCACGUCGCCAACAUGCUCUGCGACGUCGUCAUGUCCGUCUUCGGCAUCUCACAUACGGUCAACACGAGAGUCGGCGACGACUUUGUGCGCGGCGUCAGCGGCGGCGAGAGGAAGCGCGUCAGCAUCGCCGAGUCGGCCCUGACAGGGGCACUGCUGCAGUGCUGGGACAACUCGACGCGCGGGCUGGACAGUGCCAACGCUGUCCGGUUCUGCCAGAGCCUGCGCGACCAGGCGGAUAUCUUGAGCAUCUCGGGCGCAGUGGCCAUUUACCAAGCCCCGCAGAGUGCCUACGAGUUAUUUGACCGCGUCACUCUGUUAUACAAGGGGAGGCAGAUCUUCUUCGGAAAGGUUUCAGAGGCAUCAAGCUAUUUCGAGAACCUGGGGUUUGAACGCCCUGAAAGACAGACUACGCCAGACUUCCUCACAUCCAUGACCAGCCCGAGCGAGCGCGUCGUGCGGCCAGGAUUUGAGGACAAGGUCCCCAAAACGCCCGAUGAGUUCGCCAGCCGGUGGCUAAACAGCAAGGAGCGGCAAAGGCUGCUUGAAGAAAUAGAGGAGUACCAAGAGAAGCAUCCACGCGACCAAAGAAUCCGCGAGUACAAAGAGUCACGCCGUGCCGAUCAGCAGAAGCACGCGCGGUCGGGGUCGACUUACCUCAUCUCCUUCGCCACGCAGGUGAAGCUGAACCUCUGGCGUGCUUACCGGCGGCUUGUGGCUGACCCGUUCUUCACUAUUGCUUCCUUGGUGUACAACCUGGUCAUGGCGCUCAUGUUGGGGAGCAUGUUUUUCAACAUGAAGGCUGACUCGUCGACCUUCUACUAUCGCGGCGGCAUCAUCUUCUUUUCCCUCCUCUUCAAUGCAUUUGCCAGCCAGUUGGAGGUCCUCACGGUGUACGCAGAGCGGCCAAUCAUUGAGAAGCACAACAGAUAUGCCCUGUAUCGGCAGUCGACGCAAGCUGUCGCGAGCUAUUUGAUCGAUCUGCCCUACAAGACGGCCAACAUGUUCAUCUUCAAUCUCACAGUCUACUUCAUGACUGGCCUCCGGCGCGACGCCGGCAGCUUCUUCUUCUUCUGCCUGACGACAUACCUCACAACCCUCGUCAUGUCAAGCCUCUUUCGAACGCUGGCAUACCUGACACGCACGCCUGCCCAGGCCAUGGUGCCAAGUUCCCUAUUGAGUCUCGGGCUUAUGAUCUACACGGGCUUCUGUAUCCCCCCUUCCUACGUGCCGGACUGGUCGCACUGGAUGAUGUACAUCAACCCGCUGUCUUACGCCUUUGAGGCGCUCAUGGCCAACGAGUUCCACGACCGCGACUUUUCCUGCUCCAAUAUGGUGCCCCGAGGUCCUUCAUAUGAGGGAUUGUCUCCCGAGUCGCAGAUAUGCUCGUCAGUUGGUGCCGAAGCCGGCCUCUCCACCGUCAAUGGCGACCGCUACAUUGCCGAGUCCUUUGGCUAUCUUAACGAGAACAAGUGGAGAAAUAUUGGCAUCAUGUGCGCCUUUCUUUGCGGCCUUUUCCUUGCCUAUGUCGUUGCUGCUGAGACUGCUCGGCCGCCCCGUAGCAAGGGAGAAGUGCUGGUCUUCCGGCGCGGCAAGCACCCUUCAAAGCUGAUGAGCCUGGCAAACGACGACGAGGAAUCGCAGCACGAACUGACCCGAGUGGGAAAAGGUGCCAAGGCUUCUCUCCAGGAAUCUUCAAUUGAGUCAGGAGAGCCCCCCGUAUUCCAUUGGAACGAUGUUUGCUACGAUGUGGACAUUAAGGGGGAAACACGCCGCAUUCUGUCUCAAGUCGACGGCUGGGUCCAGCCUAGCAAGUCGACCGCACUCAUGGGUUUCUCCGGGGCCGGCAAAACGACGUUACUGGACGUUCUCGCUGGCCGCGUGACUACGGGUGUCCUCCAGGGCGAGACCCUCAUCAACGGCCGGCCCACGGACGCCUCUUUCCAGCACCGUGUCGGCUACGUGAAGCAGCAGGAUGUGCACCUCGAGACCAUGACGGUGCGCGAGGCUCUCGAGUUCAGCGCCCUGCUCCGUCAGCCUGGCAGUGUCUCGCGGGCCGACAAGCUUGCGCAAGUCGACCGCAUCGUGGCGAUGCUGGAAAUGGAGAGCUUUGUCGACGCCAUCAUCGGCGAGCCGGGACAGGGCCUUAACAUCGAGCAGCGCAAGCGGCUCACCAUUGGCGUCGAGCUGGCGGCCCGGCCGGAGCUGCUCGUCUUCCUCGACGAGCCCACGUCCGGCCUCGACUCCCAGACCUCGUGGGCCAUCUGCGACCUCAUCGAGCGCCUCACCAGUAGCGGCCAGGCUGUGCUGUGCACGAUACACCAGCCCUCGGCCAUGCUGUUCCAGCGGUUCGAUCGCUUGCUCCUAUUGGCUCCAGGUGGCAAGACCGUGUACUUUGGAGACCUGGGCGAGAACUGCCUCACACUAAUUCGCUAUCUUGAGCGCAAUGGCGCCCCGCCGUGUCCUCCUGAGGCCAACCCGGCUGAAUGGAUGCUUGAUGUCAUCAAGCCCCCAUUGGACGGUUCCGAGGGGGCCGACUGGCACCAGGUUUGGCGAGAAUCUCCCGAGUACGAACUGGUCAAGACUGAGAUGGCCCGCCUCCACAGCCUGUCCAGCCACAACCUUCCUGACACAGCUGCCUCUUCCGAUGACCACGAGUUUGCAGCCUCCUUCGGCACGCAGUUCAUGCAGGUGCUCAACCGCACGUUCAAGCACUUCUGGCGCUCGCCAACCUACAUCUGGUCCAAACUUAGCCUCGUCGGCUUGUCGUGCCUGUAUCUCGGCUUCAGCUUCAGCGCACGCCUGACUCUGCAGGGAAUGCAGAACCAGCUCUAUGCCAUCUACCUCUUCUUCAUCCUCUUCAGCUCUCUCAACGAGCAGAUCAUGCCCAUGUUCGUCCCGCAACGCGCGCUAUACGAGGUUCGCGAGCGGCCGUCCAAGAUGUACCGGUGGACAACACUCUUGCUCUCCAACAUAUUUGUCGAGAUGGUCUGGAGCGUAGGUGCCGCCGCCGUUGCCUUCUUUUGCUGGUAUUACCCCGUCGGGUUCGCGGGCCUGGUUGGCUACACGGGAGACGACGACCUUUCCCUGCGCGGCUUCCUCGUCUUCCUCUUCAUCGCAAUGUUCCUCCUCUUCACCUGCACCUUCUCGCACAUGGCCAUCGCGUGGAUCGAGAGCGCCGAGACGGCAGCCGUGCUCACCAGCCUGCUGUACAUCUUCUGCCUGUCCUUCGCCGGCGUCGGUGUCGUCCCGGCGGACCUGCCGGACUUCUGGUUCUUCAUGUACCGCGUGUCCCCCGUGACGUACAUGAUCAGCGGGGCCAUGUCGUCCGCCAUGGCCGGGUACGAGGUGUCCUGCUCGCCCAGCGAGAUCCUGCACAUGGCGGCGCCCGCCAACGCGACGUGCGGCGAGUUCCUGGCCGCGUUCCAGGCCACGGACGGCGGGACGGUGCUGGACCCGUUGGCCACUGGGGGGAACUUCGGCUUGCUCUGGGUGUACAUCCUGGCUAAUAUCGGCUUGGCGUUGGGACUGUACUGGUUGUUCCGCGUUCCCAAGGGGAAGGGUAUGAAGCGUUCGGCAUAAUUGGGUGGCCGGCAAGUACAACUAGCGCGAUCAGAUGGCAUUCCUAUUCGCACCCAAGGCCUUUUGAAACCUUUCCAUUUAUUCUUAUGUCCAAUGCUAGCAACUUAAUGUUGAAGUUACUUUAGUCGUCAGCAAAUUCACACCAAAGGAUAGACGGUGCUGAUGCAGUCCCAGAGUUACCGCCACUAUGUAAGGUCGAGGCGUGAACACGCGCCUACAAAGCGACUGAGCAUUUGGG